GAUCCAAUUAGUUUCAGAACAAACCCAAAUAAUAAACCCACCCAGAAUCAAAUAUUUGCUUUUGUUGGAUGAAAGAAUCAAAUCUUUGUGAGUGAGACAAUGACAACUUGUUCACUCCUAAAUCAUCUUUGUAACAUUGCCUCCAUUUCUAUCUCAUCACAAAACCCAUCAGACAAAUUCAUCUUCAAAACCCAGCAUCAAAUUCGUAACAAUAUAAACCCUCGAAUUCCACGCCCAAGUAGAAUCAAAGCAGUGAUGUCAUUGUCAACGGAAGCUGCUGAUCAAAGCGCCAAAUCAAUGAAGAAUUUGCUCUUCGUUGAGAUGGGUGUUGGUUAUGAUCAACAUGGGCAGGAUAUUACUGCUGCUGCAAUGCGCGCUUGCCGGGAUGCGAUUUCUUCCAAUUCUAUCCCUGCUUUUCGUAGAGGGUCUAUACCAGGUGUUUCAUUUGAGCAAAUGAAACUGCAAAUUAAGCUUGGAGUACCCCGAUGUCUUCAACAAUCUCUGGACAUCGAGAAGGUCAAAUCUGUGUUUCCAUAUGGAAAAAUCCUCGAUGUUGAAGUUGUUGAUGGGGGACUCAUAUGCUCAAGUGGUGUUCAUGUGGAAGAAAUGGGAGAUAAGAAUGAUGACUGUUACAUUGUUAAUGCGGCGGUUUAUGUUGGUUACUAAGAACUAUGUAUUCUCGUCUGGCCUUUUGAUGUUCUGAGGUAAGCUGGUUUCUUCAUUGUGCUGAUUACUCUUCUCACUAUGUCUGCUGCUGGAGGUGAGCCUGCUGGGUAUAUUGAACCUGACAGUGGUUCUGCUUCCCCACUACAGCUCUUUGAGGCCCCAUGCCAUUCUCUGGGACUGUCAUACAGGAAAACACUUGCAUUAGCGAUUUAUAAGCACUUUAAUCUGUAAUCUGAUCACAAUAUAUCUGUUUUUUUUAGGGAAUAUCUGAUCAAGAACAAGAUUCCAGCAGAGUGAUUGUUUGGUAGUAAUAAUAAUUGCAAUGGUUGGUUGAUUGAUAGUGGUUUACAGAAAAUAAUUUGAAAAGAUUUUAGGAAUGA